UGGUUUAAGAGAAUUUUAUGCCCACCGUGUUAGUAUUCGAUUACCUGAGAAUUAGUAUUCAAUUGAAGAAAGAAAUGGAAAGAAAUUUAAAUCUCUGGAUUGUGAUACAAUAUGAAUUGCGGGACAUUUGCUAAAAAUAAAAUUUAAUCUAUACCAAACUUGUUUUUAACACUUGAGUUACGACCUGCUAUUGCCGUGGUUCACCAAUGCCAUAAGAAAGUUCACAUGUGAUAAGUGUCCUCGUGCAUACUGCCGUAAGGAACAUCUGCGGAGGCACCAGAGACUCGAAUGUGGGAGGGAACCUGCUUUUCAGUGUCCUCACUGCAGCAAGAGAUGUUCCCACAGGAGCAACCUAACACGGCACGUCCUCUUGGUUCACGGGGAACACCUGGAGACCUCCACAGAUGGCACUCAACACAGAUGAAGACUACUUCGAAGCGCCAUUCUCUCCGCAGCAGAGUCAGGAAAAACCGUUUAAAUGCUCAGAUUGUGGCAAGAGCUAUGUUCAGAAACGGCACUUGAAGCGACACGUCAAUAAUGAAUGUGGGAAACAACCGCAACUAAAGUGUCCACAGUGCCCCAAACUGUUCACGUACAACUCGUCUCUCAAGCGUCACGAGCUGACACACCUCAUGCAGCUGCGGUCUGCCAAGUUUAAUUAGCGGAAUAAAGUUCUUGUAUUCUUC